AUGGCACUUAAGUUCGGUAGAUCGCUGAAGGGCGAGAAGGCCACAUUUGGAACCUCAUUCUGGUCACAUUUUACCAUAGGAGGGGCUCUUCUGGUCUUCAUACGCUUCUUCCAAUUCGUCCUGGGCAUCACCGUCAUCGGACUCUACGCUGUCGAUCUCGACAAUGCGCGCAAAGCUGGGAAAUAUAUCGACUCCAAAUGGGUAUGGGCCGUCGUGUGCGGCACUUUGGGCGCGAUCGUGGCCAUCGUUGGAAUCUUCAUCAAGGAAUGGUUCUUCUUCUUCGUGGACUUCCUCGUCUUCGUCUGCUACCUCGUCGCAUUCGGUAUCUUUGGCAAGAUGUACAUCCCCGAAGACGCCGAAGGCAACAAAGGUAUCACUCGGAUGAAGAAUGCUGUCUGGGUGCUGUUGACGAACAUGCUAUUGUGGUUCCUCACAUCAGUCUACCUCGCCUUCCUGUUUUGGAAGCGCCAGAAUGCACGUACUACACACACUGGACGGGGUGGCAUGCACGUCUAA